AUGACUAUUUAUCUUAUUGAAUUAAGUUAUAAAUCUUACAAUCAUGAUAAUCAUGAUGAAGCAUUAUUACAUGCCUGUCAGCGAGCCAGUGAUUCCGAAGAAAACAAACAUCUGGCAAGAUAUGCUUUAACAAGUUUAAAAUUAGAACAUUCUUCCAUUAUAAACGAACACAGAGAGAACGAAAACGCUCUGGCACAUGUCAAUGUCAUUAUUAAGGCUUCACAAUCAAAACCGGCAUCUAUUAUAACUAUUGCUCCAAUGAAAAGAUCUGCAAACGAAAUGAAAAAAAUUACCCUAUUCUGCAACAAUUGUUCAAUAAUCAACCCUAUACCUUCAUGCAAUUCAUUAGCAUCACACGCUCCAUAUCCUAAACUCUGUUAUGAUUGUAGUCGUACACUAAGUGAACAAAUUGUCCCAUAA